CCUCUCUCCUUCCUUUAUAACUUGCUUCCUGUCUCGGUUACUAUACGCGCGUCUUCUUCACUCUACAAAACCUUUAAAUUAAACAUUAAUUAAACACUAAUCCCUUUCUCUUAAUCUUCCCCCUCGCCGUUUCUUCUUAAGAAAAUCCGGGAAGAAAACGACACCGUCGACGAUAAUGCAAUACGUAUACGCAUCUCUGUAACGCCAAGAAGCAAAACAAUACGGUAAUGCAGUAACACAAAGCGGCGAAGCAACAGGUGAUUCAGAAUUUGAAGCAUAAAAUCUUCAAGCCAAUUCGUGCUUAUAUAUAGAUUUCAAAAGAGAUCCUCAAAAGAAUCGAAUCAAGCAAUUGCAGCGAAAAUGGUGGUUAGAGGAAGGAAGAUAGAGACGAUUUCGCUUUUUAUUCUUCAGUUAGUGGUGGCGGCGACGGCGGCGAAUGUGACGUACGACCACCGUGCUCUUGUAAUCGACGGGAAGCGCAAGAUUCUGAUCUCUGGCUCUAUUCACUAUCCACGAAGUACUCCUGAGAUGUGGCCAGAGCUUAUACAGAAGUCUAAGGACGGUGGCUUGGACGUUAUAGAGACGUAUGUUUUCUGGAAUGGUCACGAGCCGGAGAAGAACAAGUAUAAUUUUGAAGGAAGAUACGAUUUAGUAAAAUUUGUGAAGCUUGCUGCUAAAGCUGGUCUCUAUGUUCAUCUACGAAUUGGUCCGUACGCUUGCGCAGAAUGGAAUUACGGUGGUUUCCCAGUGUGGUUGCAUUUCGUUCCUGGAAUUAAGUUUAGAACUGAUAACGAACAAUUCAAGGCAGAAAUGCAACGAUUCACUGCAAAAAUUGUUGAUUUGAUGAAGUCGGAAAAGCUAUAUGCAUCACAAGGAGGUCCAAUUAUUAUGUCACAGAUUGAGAAUGAAUACGGAAAUAUUGAUUCUGCUUAUGGAGCGGCGGGUAAAAGUUAUAUGAAGUGGUCUGCUUCAAUGGCUCUUUCACUAGAUACUGGAGUACCAUGGAACAUGUGUCAGCAAGGAGAUGCUCCUGAUCCCAUUAUCAACACAUGCAACGGUUUCUACUGUGACCAGUUUACACCUAACUCAAACAAUAAACCAAAGAUGUGGACUGAGAACUGGAGUGGAUGGUUCCUCGGUUUCGGAGAUCCUACCCCAUACAGACCAGUCAAAGAUCUUGCGUUUGCAGUCGCGCGGUUUUACCAAAGAGGUGGAACUUUCCAGAACUAUUACAUGUAUCAUGGUGGGACAAACUUUGAAAGAACAAGUGGAGGACCUUUGAUCUCUACAAGCUAUGACUAUGAUGCACCAAUUGAUGAGUAUGGUCUUCUUAGACAACCAAAAUGGGGACACUUACGUGAUCUACACAAAGCUAUCAAGCUUUGUCAAGACUCGUUGAUUGCCACAGAUCCAAAAAUUACUUCAUUGGGAUCAAAUUUAGAGGCCUCUGUGUAUAAAACAGAAUCUGGAUCAUGCGCUGCUUUUCUUGCAAAUAUCGGCACAACUUCUGAUGCAACUGUGACUUUCAAUGGGAAGUCAUAUAACUUGCCUGCAUGGUCCGUAAGCAUCUUGCCUGAUUGCAAGAGUGUAGCUUUCAACACAGCAAAGAUAAACUCUGCAACCGAGUCCACAACAAUUUCUCGUCAAUCAUUGAAGCCAGAUUCUGGUUCAUCUUCGGAGCUAGGCUCACAGUGGAGUUACAUUAAAGAACCUAUUGGAAUUUCCAAAAAUGAUGCGUUCUUGAAACUUGGAUUGUUAGAGCAGAUAAACACAACAGCUGAUAAAAGCGAUUACUUGUGGUACUCGCUAAGGAUGGAUAUUAAAGGCGAUGAGACAUUCCUUGACGAAGGAUCUACAUCUGUCCUUCACAUCGAAUCCAAUGGUCAAGUGGUCUAUGCUUUUAUAAAUGGAAAACUUGCCGGAAGUGGAAAUGGGAAACAGAAGAUUACUUUGGAUGUUCCGAUCAAUCUUGUAACCGGGAAGAACACAAUUGAUCUCCUAGGUGUGACAGUAGGGCUUGCGAACUAUGGAGCUUUCUUUGACUUAGUUGGAGCAGGAAUCACUGGUCCUGUGACACUUAAAAGCGCAAAAAGUGGAAGCUCAAUAGAUUUAUCUUUACAGCAAUGGACUUAUCAGGUUGGACUCAAAGGAGAAGACACAGGUUUGGGAAGUGGAGAUUCUUCUGAAUGGGUUUCAAAGUCUCCUUUGCCCACUAAGCAGCCACUGAUUUGGUACAAGACAACAUUUGAUGCUCCUUCUGGGAGCGAACCAGUGGCGAUAGACUUCACCGGUACAGGAAAGGGCGUUGCGUGGGUGAACGGACAGAGCAUAGGUCGGUACUGGCCAACAAGUAUCGCACGAAACGACGGUUGUACUGAUUAUUGUGACUAUAGAGGAACUUACCGUGCAAACAAAUGCCACAAGAACUGCGGAAAACCUUCUCAGACAUUGUAUCACGUGCCUCGCUCGUGGAUAAAACCUAGCGGGAACACACUUGUUCUCUUGGAAGAAAUGGGAGGAGAUCCGACAAAGAUAUCAUUCGCGACAAAACAAACAGGAACCAACCUGUGUUUGACGGUGUCACAGUCUUAUCCAGCUCCGGUGGACACGUGGACGACUUCUUCCGACUCAAACAGAACCAGACCGGUUCUGUCACUAAAAUGCCCUGUUUCCACACAGGUCAUAUCGUCUGUUAAAUUUGCGAGCUUCGGUACACCCAAAGGUACUUGCGGAAGUGGUUACAGCCAAGGCCGUUGCAGCAGCUCUCGAUCCCUCUCGAUCGUCAGAAAGGCAUGUGUUGGGUCGAGGAGUUGUAACGUUGAAGUCUCGACCAGAGUCUUCGGAGAUCCUUGUCGUGGCGUCGUCAAGAGCUUAGCUGUUGAAGCUUCGUGUUCAUGAGUGCCCCGGUUCCUUGAUAAUGAUAUUAAUUGUUGAAAAUAAAAGCAACUGAAAUGGAUGUAAUAGUAUAAGUAGUUAAUCCAAAUAAAUUUGUUCAGUCAAGUUAUUAUACUUUAUGCCGGUCAACACAAUUGUGUUAGGAUCCACAUAUGGCUCUAGAUCCUUGAUUGCUCUCAAACACAGAGAAAUUGCAUCAAAUAAAGAUAUGUAUAUCAAAUAUGAUCCCUUGACUUCAAAAGGUUUACAGCCCGGAGAUGAAAACCGCAUACUGAACCAUCUUCAGCCGAAGAAGACAACCCGGUUAACACAUUGUUCACUUCCUCCAGAGAUAUUCAGACACAGUGACAUUUACAUUGAAAAUGAAC